AGCGUGAUGCUCUCGAAAACGGCCCAAGUUAUACGAUUUCAGGUUUUGGGAUGAUUAGGACCAAGCCACGUCACUUUCCCAGCUCAAAACAUGGUUCUUUCUUCCCCACAGUGCGUUUUCGGUCCUUUCUCUCCAAACCAUCCUAUCUAAACCUAAUUGAAUUUCUGCUACAAAAAAAUGUGGUUCUGGAGUAGAUUCCGCGAGAGCUCGGUUUUUGUCAGUGAAACCCGUAAUUAGAGGAAUGCCCAUCUCCACAUCUAAGGAAAAGUGCUCAACUCUCAGGCUCUUCUUUAUACCUAGUAAGUCUCACUGUCAACUCUUCUCUGCAAAGCCCUCUCCUACUGCUCAGCAUUUGAAUGAAAGUCCUGAGCCCCAGCUUCGGCAUAGGAAUGGUACCUGUUCUCAAGAAUCGCGCUCUAAUUUUGAGGGUCCUCCAAUUUCUGAUACAAUAUUCAGAGAUUCCAGGAAGUUGGGCUCUUACAGACGGGGUGACUCCACAUUCUACUCUCUUAUUGAAUACCAUGCAAAAUAUGGCGAUUUCAGGUCCUUGGAGAUGGUCCUUGAACAGAUGAAGCGUGAUAAAAGAGCUUUUCUUGAAAAGAAUUUCAUAUUAAUCUUCAGAGCUUGUGGGAAAGCGAAUUUGCCUCUUAAAGCUAUUGAGUUAUUUGAUAGAAUGGUAGAUGAGUUUCAGUGUAAACAAACUGUUAAAUCUUUUAACUCUGUCCUUAAUGUGAUUAUUCAACAAGGUUUGUACCGUCAUGCUUUGGAGUUCUAUGAUUAUGUUGUCAAGAAGCAGAAGAAUAUUUCCCCAAAUGUCUUGACAUUUAAUUUAAUGAUCAAAGCGCUAUGCAAGUCCGGAUGGGUGAGUAGGGCUGUAGACUUAUUCAGGGAAAUGCCUAUUCUAAAGUGUGACCCUGAUGUAUUCACUUAUUGCACAUUGAUGGAUGGCCUGUGUAAAGACAAUAGGAUUGAAGAUGCUGUGGCUUUGUUGGAUGAGAUGCAAAUAGAAGGGUGUUCUCCAACUCCAGCAACAUUUAAUGUGUUGAUUAAUGGGCUUUGCAAGAAGGGGGACUUAGCCAGAGCUGCAAAGCUACUCGACAAUAUGGGGUUGAAGGGCUGCACUCCAAAUGAGGUUACUUACAACACACUCAUACAUGGGUUGUGUCUCAAAGGAAAGCUGGACAAGGCAGUGAGUCUUUUAUCCCGGAUGUUGUCAAAUAAACUUAUUCCAAAUGAUGUUACUUAUGGAACCAUUAUAAGUGGGCUGGUUAAGCAGGGAAGAGCUGUUGAUGGUGUGCAUGUGUUAAUGGCAAUGGAGGAAAGGGGCUAUAGAGCAAAUGAGUACAGUUAUUCAGUGCUUAUUAGUGGAUUGUUUAGAGAAGGAAAAUCUGAAGAUGCAUUAAAAUUGUGGGGCAAGAUGAUAGAGAAGGGAUGCGAGCCCAAUACAGUUGUUUAUAGUGCUCUUAUAGAUGGUUUAUGUCGAGACGGAAAGCCUUAUGAAGCUGAAGAGUUUCUUUUUCAGAUGAUUAAUGUAGGCUACAAGGCAAAUGCUUUCACUUACAGCUCCCUGAUCAGGGGUUUCUUUCAGGUGGGAAAGAGUGAUAAGGCAAUUCUUUUAUGGAAAGAGAUGUCUGAGAAGGAUUGCAAGGAUAAUGAGGUUUGUUACAGUGUACUUAUUCAUGGCUUGUGUAAGGAUGGGAAGUUGAAAGAUGCUCUGAUGAUAUGGAAGCAUGUGCUGGCUAAAGGAUUGACACCUGACACUGUAGCUUAUAGUUCCAUGAUCCAUGGUCUGUGCAAUGCUGGGUCAAUAGAACAGGGUUUGCACUUAUUUAAUGAGAUGCUAUGUAAAGCGUACAACUCCAGACCUGACGCAAUCACCUUCAAUAUACUUAUUAAUGCUCUGUGCAGACAGAAUAGGAUUUCCCAUGCUAUUGAUCUUUUAAAUAGCAUGUUAGAUCUAGGCUGCAAUCCUGACUCAGUUACAUGCAAAAUAUUCUUGAAAACUUUAAAGGAGAAGGUUGAUCCACCGCAAGAUGGUAGAGAGUUUCUAGAUGAGCUAGUACUAAGGCUAUACAAACAACAAAGAAUAGUUGGAGCAUCCAAAAUUAUAGAAGUGAUGCUUCAAAGUUUUUUGCACCCGAAAGUAUCCACUUGGGAGAAAGUUGUUCGAGAGAUCUGUAAACCAAAGAAAAUUCUAGCAGUAAUUAACAAGUGUUGGGUCGAAUUAUUCUUCUGAGUUGAUGUGUGAAACUUUUCUUCGGGUAUGACUUGUAACUCCAGAGUGCCCUUCAAAAAUAUUAUUAGUUUUAUUUCUGGAGUACCGGUUCUUGGGCUUCCUUACUCGCUGCUAAUUUCCUGGAAAAGGUAGAAACUUUGAUUGGUGUAGUCGCUGUAGUGUUAUCCCCUGAAAUCAGGCAGCUGAGUCUGAAAUAUCCCCAUGUCACUACAUACAAAAUAGACAUUGAUAAGGUGAAACAGGUGUACUGAUAUCAUUAUCUUUUCUGGUUAUGGUAAAGCACUUCUGAAGACUGCCGUAUACCUUCAUCAGCCUUAUAGCAAUUAUUGAACUUAUGAAAUGUGCAGGAGGGGCUGGAAAAUGCAUUGGGCAAGCUAAAAAUUCACUCUGUGGUAAAACCAGCCUUGUUCUUAUUCACUUUGUACUGUCCUCUGGUGUUUUCCAUAACAAACAGGAAUUUUUUAAACAUGGAAAAGUUUGUGUAAUGGUGCCUGUAGUUCAUAGUUUAAUUAUUGGAUGGUGAUUUACUUGAAUUGCCCC